CAAUGGGCGUGGCUGGGAAAGUUGUUAGUAUUGUUCGGUGUUAGCUGUUGGGGUUAGACCCCAGUUGCCAGUAGAGGGAGUCCACAUGAUUUUGGGGAAUGACUUGGCAGGUAGUAAGGUGUGGGCGGAUGGCAAAAUGAACAUCUUUAAGAAGCAAGUUUCAGUACUCCCUGUAAAGGUAUCUCCAGAUUGCAACUGUGUCUCAGGAGGUUUUUCCAGGUUGUGCUGUUACCCGCUCUGCCUUUUGCAAGGAGGAUGCGGGGAAAAUGUUUGUUGGUGGUCUCAGCUGGGAAACGAGCAAGAAGGAUCUUAAAGAUUACUUCACUACAUUUGGCGAGGUGACAGAUUGCACCAUGAAGAUGGAUCAGCGGACAGGUCGGUCAAGAGGCUUUGGCUUCAUUCUCUUUAAAGAUGCAGCCAGUGUAGAAAAGGUUCUUGAACAGAAGGAGCACAGGCUAGAUGGCAGAGAGAUCGACCCAAAGAAAGCCAUGGCCAUGAAGAAGGAUCCAGUCAAGAUCUUUGUGGGAGGCCUUAACCCGGACACCUCAAAGGAAGUCAUUCAAGAGUACUUUGGAUCCUUUGGAGAGGUUGAGACCAUUGAGCUUCCACAAGAUCCAAGGACAGAAAAGAGGAGGGGAUUCGUAUUCAUCACAUAUAAAGAAGAGACUCCUGUCAAGAAGGUUAUGGAGAAGAAAUGCCACAAUGUCAGUGGAAGGAAGUGUGAGAUUAAAAUAGCCCAGCCCAAAGAGGUCUAGCAGCAGCAGCAGCAGCAGUAUGGCGGCCGUGGAUACGGAGGACGCAGCAGGGGCCGUGGAGGCCAGGGCCAGAACUGGAAUCAACCUGGAUACAACCAGAACUAUGGCUACAGACAGUCAGCCAGGGGACACGGGGCGACUGCUAGGAAUCGGAUUGAUUUUUUUUUUUUUUUUGGGGAACUUUGGAUUGUUUGGACUAGGUUGGGCCAAAUUUUGGGCUGAGGGUGGGACCCUCAUUUUAAGGGGGGAUGUUACGACCCCGCCUCUGCAGUGCAGCGGUGGUUCCUCCUGCAGGCAGAGGAGGGUCGUUAGUGAUUGGAGCCACCUGGGCUCAGGGUAUUUAAGCUGCUUCUAACCACUCUUCUCUCUCUCUGCUCCUCCAGGUAUGAACCUGUUUCGUUUGUUCCUUUAUAGUUUUACUUAGUUUCCACUCAGUCAUUUACACCCAUACAGAUUCACUCAUCCAUGCACUUUACAUUAUGACAUUUUCACACCUCAUUCCUUUUUUCUUUGUUUAAAGUUAAUAGUUCUGAUUUACAAUAAAGUAUGUUUUUGAUU